AUGACAUCGAAGACUUGCUCCAUCUGUGGCUCCACGCAGACGACGAUUAUGGACGGUUUAAUGUACUGUGCGACAUGCGGAACCCAGAUAUUCGAUUUUCGUGAAGUAGAAGCGGACGAUGAUGGGAUUGUCUGUGGUACUGCAAAGGGUGAAGUACUAGAGGGUUAUCGAUCUGAAAGAUCUUCCACUGCCAAGAGCUCUGAACUAGCGAAAGACUACACAACUGGUAAAACGCAUGCACCUGCAUAUCUACGGACCAUUGGUGUGAGAAUAUCCACGUUCACAAAAAUGCUAGCAAAAGGUGCUGCGAUGAUCAGUGAGGAUAAAGCUGUGCCCAGAGGUUUUUCUGACCAUGUUUUUGCCACCUACCAGCGAUACUUAUCGGCCUGCAAUGUUGCAUUUACUUCUAACGAUUAUACAGAAGAGUCGGAGCAUAUGUUCCGUGCCGUGGUUCUCAGUACUAAUCUAGCACUAACACGAGCUCGAGAGAAAAAAGAAACCAAAGUGCGGAGGAAGAAGCGGGGAAAAGAUGCUUUGGAAAAGUCAACAACUGCUUGGGAAUUGCUUAUGAGUAAUACAAUAAACGAGGAUUUGGAAAUGCAUUCAGAUGAAGAAGAACCCAUCGACAACGCCGCUGAGCCGACUCCAUCUUCAACCACCACUACACAGCAGUCCAAAUUGGUAAACGUCGUGGAAACGAAUAUCCCUGAGGAAACCUUGAAAAAUGCGUCAUCGCUGUUUCUCUCAAUGGAUGUCCUCGCAGCUAUACUAUACAUAUCCACCGUGACAAUAGGAUGUAGGUGGAUAAUGCUUUCGGAUAUUGUGAGAUGGUUACGAGAAGGCAGACUAGGUAUUUCUCUAUUCCAACUAGCAGCUUUGCAUGCUGGACGUUCUGAUGACCCAAGAUUAAGAGGCCAGAAUUGGUGGACAAGGCUU